AUGCUUCGAAAUGCUGCCAGUGCAGCUCGCAGAGCUGUGACGGACCUGUCACAAUAUCCUAAGCCUGGCGACAAGCUUCACGGCUUCACAUUGCUGCGGUCUAAGCAUGUUCCGGAAUUGGAACUGACAGCACUCCACCUGCAACAUGACAAGACCGGAGCAGAUUACUUGCAUAUCGCAAGAGAAGAUAGCAACAAUGUCUUCUCCAUAGGCUUCAAGACGAAUCCUCCCGACGACACCGGCGUACCGCAUAUUCUUGAGCACACUACGCUUUGCGGCAGCAAGAAGUAUCCCAUUCGCGACCCCUUCUUCAAAAUGCUGCCUCGUACCUUGUCCAACUUUAUGAACGCAUUUACCGCGUCCGAUCACACGUUUUACCCCUUCGCGACAACGAAUGCCCAAGAUUUCAAAAAUCUCAUGUCCGUAUACCUGGACUCCACGCUGCACCCUCUUUUGAAGCAGUCCGAUUUCACGCAGGAAGGCUGGAGAAUCGGGCCAGAAAAUCCCACGGGAGAGACCGAAGAGAGCAAGAAGCUAGUGUUCAAAGGCGUUGUGUACAAUGAAAUGAAGGGUCAGAUGUCGGAUGCUGGGUAUCUGUAUUACAUUCGGUUUCAUGAUCACAUCUUUCCGGAUAUCAAUAACUCUGGAGGCGAUCCCCAAAAAAUCACCGAUCUGACCUACGAGCAGCUCAAAGCUUUCCACGCCAAUCACUACCACCCAAGCAACUCGAAGCUCUUCACCUACGGGGAUAUGCCUUUGGUGGAUCAUUUGCAGGAAAUCGAUGCCAGACUUGAGGCAUUCGACAAGAUUCUGGCCGACAAGAAGGUUCACACGCCCAUUACCCUUAAAGGGCCCAGAGAAGUUACCCUUCAAGGACCUCUUGAUCCUUUGGUCGACCCUGACCGUCAGUUCAAGACCUCAAUAUCAUGGAUUACGGGCGAUACUGCGGACGUUGUCGAGUCCUUUUCGAUCGCUCUGCUCUCUACUCUUCUAAUGGAUGGCUAUGGCUCGCCUCUCUACCGAGGCCUCGUUGAGACUGGCAUGGGUGCGGACUGGAGUCCUAAUGCUGGUUAUGAUAGCUCGGCCAAACGUGGAAUCUUCUCCAUUGGCCUGACAGGCGUCCAAGAAGCCGACGUGCCCAAGUUGAAAGGAAAAGUUCAAGAGAUUUUGCAAGAAGCAAGCCAGCAAGGGUUUGAAAAGACCAAGAUCGACGGCGCCUUGCAUCAGCUCGAGUUGUCUCUCAAGCACAAAACCGCCAACUUUGGAUUUUCUAUGCUGAAUAGACUCAAACCAAAGUGGUUCAAUGGAACAGACCCAUUCGACUCGCUAGCUUGGAACGACACCAUCUCUGCGUUUGAGACAAAACUCGCUCAAGGCGGCUAUCUCGAAAAGUUGUUGGAGAAAUACUUGCUCAACGACAGCACUCUGACAUUCACCAUGGCACCGUCGGUUACCUUCAGUGAGGAUCUUGUCAAGGAAGAACAGGACCGUCUACAUGGCAAAAUUUCUCAUGUAAUCCAAAAAGCGGGAAGCGAAGCAAAGGCUCGGAAACAGUUUGAAAAACAGGAACAGGAGCUCCUCCUGGAGCAGAGUAAAACCAACACGGAGGAUCUGAGCUGUCUCCCUACCGUUCAUGUCAAGGAUAUUCCGAGAUCGCGAGAGCCAGUUGUUAUUUGUGACGAAGUCCACAACGGCAUUCCGAUCCAGUGGCACAAGGCACCUACAAACGGUCUCACCUACUUUAGGGCUAUCAAUGCUCUCGAACGCCUGCCAGAUGACCUCCGAGAGCUUAUUCCGCUUUUUUCAGAUAGCAUCAUGCGCCUUGGGACCAAAGACAUGACCAUGGAAAAGCUCGAGGAUCUCAUCAAGCUUUCCACCGGCGGCGUAUCGGUAGGGUACCACUCCACUGCUUCGCCCACCAACUUUCAUGAAUCCAGUGAGGGCAUCAUCUUCACUGGCAUGGCGCUGGACCGAAACGUCCCCGUGAUGUUUGACAUCCUUCGGAAGCUAGUCCUGGAAACGAAUUUCGAUAGCCCUGAGGCAGCCUUGCGCAUUCGGCAGCUGCUCCAAGCCUCUGCAGAUGGGGUCGUGAACGAUAUUGCCUCUUCAGGUCAUCGCUUCGCAUUGGGUUAUGCCGAGUCAAGCCUCACGCGAAGUGCCUGGUUAAGACAACAAGUAGCGGGCUUGUCCCAGGUUAAGCUUGUAACUAGGCUGGCUGGCCGGUCUGAAGCGGAUAAACUCGAAGACGUCGUCGACAAGUUGAAGAGAAUUCAAAAGUUUGCUCUGUCAAGCGACAACAUGCGAACUGCCAUCACCUGCGGACCUGAAAGCGUCUCACAGAAUUCCAAGAGUCUUGAUGGCUUCGCGAAGGCUCUUCCUCGAGGCGUCUCUGACUUGCAAAAUCCCGACCCGCGAAAACUGUCCACGGACCGCAAGACUUUCUUCCCUCUCCCAUACCAAGUAUACUACGGCGGUCUUUCCGUCCCUACAGCAUCGUACACGGCAGCUGAUGGAGCGCCGCUGCAGAUUCUUUCACAGCUCCUGACGCACAAGCACUUGCACCAUGAAAUCCGCGAAAAAGGUGGCGCGUACGGUGGAGGAGCCAUGUACAAGCCGCUCGAUGGGUUGUUCGGAUUUUACUCUUACCGUGAUCCCAACCCUCAAAAUACGCUCAACAUCAUGCGUAACGCCGGUCGGUGGGCAGUCGACAAAGAAUGGACAGAAAGGGACCUCGAAGAAGCCAAGAUUUCCGUUUUCCAAGCCGUGGAUGCCCCCAAGGCGGUCAACCAAGAAGGCAUGGGCAGGUUUCUUUCAGGGGUCACAGAGGAGAUGAGACAAGCUAAGAGAGAGCAGCUGCUUGAUGUUUCCAAGCAACAGGUGAGGGAAGCUGCCCAGAAAUACCUCGUUGAGAGUGUCGAGAAGGAAGAGGAGUGCCUGGCGUUCCUCGGCGAGCUACAACCAUGGGUGGACGCUUCUUGGAAGAGGCAGGAAAUGAACGUCGCUACUGUUGGUGCAUCAUAG